UUGACUUGUCUCCUUCAGUGCAGGCGGCGUGCAGGAGUCUCUGGCCGGCAGUGAGCACACAAGACACCUUGCAAUGAUCUCGCUGGACCUCAAUUUCAACAUUUUGACAAGGGACCUGUCUCAUUACCUGGAGAACCAAGUCAAAGUUGGACUCCUCGGCUCGGGAGUUGGACUGUCUCUGGUGCUGGGUUUCAGCGCAGCCUACACCUGCUACUAUCUCAUAUCCGUAGCCAAGAAGCCGCAGCUCAUCUCGGGAGGCAAGAAGUUUUGCCAGUUUUUGCGUGAGCAAUGUCCCAUAGUGUCGGAGACCUACUACCCCACCUUCUGGUGCUGGGAGAGCCGCAUCCAGACUCUCCUCAGACCAUUCGUCACAGCAAAACCCGGUAUCGUCUAUAGAAAUGAGCUCAUUAAGGCAGCAGAUGGAGGACAGAUCUCCCUGGAUUGGUUUGAUAACGAUGACAGCCUCGCUCAUCCCGACCCGGCAUCCAGACCCACAAUCCUCCUCCUCCCCGGCCUGACCGGCACCAGUCGAGAAUCCUACAUCCUGCACAUGGUCCAGCAGAGCCGGGACUUGGGCUAUAGAGCGGUGGUCUUCAACAACAGAGGAGUGUCGGGGGAAACUCUGCUGACGCCACGGACCUAUUGCGCCGCCAACACCGAGGACCUGGAGACUGUUAUCGAGCACAUCCACCGUACAUAUGAGGUCGCGUCCAUCAUGGCGGCGGGUGUGUCCAUGGGCGGGAUGAUGCUCGCUAACUACUUGGGGCGCAAGGGCCAAGAAACGUGCCUGAAAGGGGUGGCGGUCUUCUCAGCGGGAUGGGAUGUAUUCGAGUGCACGGCUUCGCUGGAGAAGCCGCUGGACCGUUUCCUCUUCAACUCCUACCUCACCAGCUGCCUUCAAGCCUCUGUGCACAGACACAGGCUGGUGCUCGAACAGUGCUACGAUAUCGACCACGUAAUGAAGGCCAGGACCAUCCGGGAAUUUGAUGAGAGGUUCACAUCCAUCAUGUUUGGUUACGCCACCAACGACGACUACUACCACGACGCUAGUCCCGUCCACAAGUUGAAAUCGGUGCAGGUGCCCAUGCUGUGUCUCAAUGCUGCUGACGACGUCUUUUCUCCAUCUCAUGCCAUCCCUGUGGAAGUGGUGAAGCAGAACCCCAACCUGGCCAUGCUCAUUACCUGCCACGGCGGCCACAUUGGCUUCCUGGAGGGCCUGUGGCCAAGGCAGAGCACCUACAUGGACCGAGUCUUCCGACAGUUUGCCCGGGCUGUCAUCGAGCAAGGAAGUCGACUAGAAGACCUCACCUGAGAGGACCUCUACCAAGUGUCCCCCAGUCCCUCUAGUUCUUUACUAGUUUCUUUACUUCUGUCUUCAUGCAUUCCAUUUGAUCCUGAUUUUUUCCGUCCUUACCUUCUUCAACCCUCCAACUUCCUUGCAUUCUAUCCUUUGUCCUUCCCUCACUGCAUUCCAUCCAUCCUUCAUUCCUUAUCCUGCUUUUCUCUAUUGACUUGCUUUCAUCUUUGUCCUCCAUGUAUCCGUCCUUUUCUCCUUCCGUGCCGAAAUGUAAAAAAAAAAACAAUUGCUCUGAUUGUAAGGGCACAUCCUGUUAACUUCUUUCAACCUCAUUUAGUUUUUCCUAGUCCUAAUUUGUGACCAUGGUUUCAUUGAUGUUUAGAACAAUGAUCGGUCACAAUAGCUAGCUGUAAACAUAUUUUGAUACAAGUACUGUAGCAAAUAAUUCAAUCAAGUACAAUACGCCUUUUAGCGUUCAUCUGUAGAAUUUUAGCCCUCAGGAAUUUCAUUUCUUUUUACUCCGGUUUCAUUUUAGAGGAAUAGUUUCACCCUUUUUCCAUUUUUCGGAGCCAUAAUAUUCAACACUCCUGCAAUAGUUGUCCGUUAGACUACAGCUAAUGUUAAAAUAGGGCUAGCUUGUGCUGAGUUAGAAGUGACCAAAAAUAGUUCAGCUCAACCAUAAAAGUACUCAAAUUUAUUACAAGUGCGCAGUGCAACUAAGCAGAUCCUUGAUCCCGCCCACCUUCUCUUGAUUGACAGAUGAACUAAUUUACUAAUAUAUAUAUAUAUAUAUAUAUAUAUAUAUAUAUAUAUAUAUAUAUAUAUAUAUAUAUACCUUCAUUUGAUUAUCCAGACAAUAGUGCUCGAUACCGUGGUAGAGCGUAAUAUGUAUG